AGACGGGAAAACUGAAUCUUCUAUUAAAUUUUAAAAUCAGACAGUUGCGAGAGAACGAACAGAGCGGUAGAAGAAAAAAAGUUGGUUUUGUUAGAAAAAUUAUUAUUAAAAUAAUACAAAAUAAUAAAAUCAAAUAAGAAAAGUGGAGAGAAAUUAAAUAAAAACCAACAAAAUUUUGCUACAACGAAGAAAAAAUAGAAAAACAAAAACGCGUUUUAAAAUCGACAAAGUUAAAGGAAUAGAAAGAGUUUAAACAAAAAAGCAAAUAAAUUAGAAAAUAAUAAAGUAAAAUUAUUGCAAGUGUGCAAUUACAGGUACAAUUUUUUUAAUAGUGAUGCAGCAGCAGUGAUUAAAAACGAAAAAAGCAACAAUAAAAACAAACCACAAAAUAGUGCUCAAAGUGUAAAGUAUGUGUAAAAUUUGCUAAAGAAAAACAACAAAAAAGGAGAGAAAUACUAAUUAGAGUAUGUGUUUUGCGUGCAUUAACUGCUCCUUGUUAUUAAAAUAAGAAGAAAUAAAGUACAGGAAUUAAAAGGAAAAUACACCAAGAAGAGGAAAUCAACAAAAAAGGAAAUAAAACUCUAUUAUUAAAAAAAAAGAAAAUUGCAACAACAACCACUGUUAUUUAAAGUUAAGGCGAAAAGAAGGUAGAAAACAACAACAAAAAUGGGUCUCAACGGCUGCUGUUCAUGUGUGAAAUUUUUAAUGGUUUUAAUCAAUAUUUUAUUUUGGAUCAUUGGUUUAACAGUUGUUAUCGCCUCGGCCUGGAUGCUGACAGAUCCAACAUUUGUACUGUCAAUGACACAAUCCUACAAUCAUUAUUACAUUGCUUUGUAUGUGUUGGGUAUUGGAGUUUUAAUAACAAUUGGGGCAUUUUUCGGCUGUUGUGGUGUAUUGAAGGAAUCACAGUGUCUGCUGGUGUCGUUUUUCUGUGUAACUUUGGUGGUGAUGGUAGCUCAGAUAGCUGCUGGCGCUUGGGCCUUCCACAACAAAGACAAACUUGAUGACAUUGUUAGAGCUUCAGUGAAAUAUUCCGUACAAGAGGAAUAUGGUCAAUCAAGCAUGAGUUCACGUACGGUUACAUUCGAUACGAUACAAAAGAAUCUCAAAUGCUGUGGUGCUGAUGGUCCCGGUGAUUGGGCCACUAGUCGUUUUAACAAUGUAGAUCGUACAAAUAUUGUGGAUAUUGCUAUUUCUUCGAUGAAUGUCUUCUACAAUAUACCAGAAUCCUGCUGUAAAGAUGAACUCAAGGAAAAUGUUUGUGAAAUGUCUAGAAAAUUGAAAUUUGGAGGAGCUCUUAAUGCCGCCAUACACCAACAGGGUUGUGUGGAUAAACUAAUCGAUUUCAUAUACGAUAACUGGGUCUUAAUCUUUGGCAUAACGGCUGGUGUUAUUUUAUUGGAAUUAUUGGCUUUGACUUUCUCUUUAAGUUUAUGCUGUGCCGUCAGAAGUCAUCAGUAUAAAGCCUGAGAAUUACAGAAUUCCCAAAGGGAAAUAUCUGAUGAUGAAAAAUACUAACCAUAUUCUUUAAGGAAAAAACAACAACAACAACAGCAGCAAAAACAACAGCUUAAAUAUAAACUAGGAUAAAAAGAGAAUUAAUGAUAAUAUAAUUGAAAAAGAAAUGUUUUGAACAAAAAUUUCCCUUUUUGGGAAAUGAUUUUAGUUUUUAAAACCAACUUUGGAAAAUUUUUAAAUAUUUUUUGGACUAGAAUCUCGUAAUACUUUUGUUUUCUUAAGAAAAUAAGUAAAAAAACCUGCAAAUCAUAAGCAAUUUCUUUGUAAAUAAUAAAACAAUAUAUUUCCUGGUUUAAUUAAUUAAAUUUUCUUUAAAAAUAAGAAAUAAAUCAUUAGGAAAUCUUUAAUAAUAAGAAAGUUCUCAGCUAAAUCCGGGAAUAUGUUUUCAGUUUAAAAAGAUCGAACAAAAUAUAUUUCAAAAAAUGUUCAAAACUUUAAGUGAAAACUUUUCUUUAUAGUUUCCACCAAUUCACUCCGAAAAAAUGUUCUUAAACUUAAAUUUAUUAGUUAAUUUUCUCCAGAAGAAAAAAACAAAUUUAAAGUAAAUAACCAAAAUUACUUUAAUAAGUUUUAAGUGAAAAACUUUAAACUAAACUUUAGAUUUUGAAUAAAUUUAAUAAUUUUUUAAACAGAAAGCCACUUACUUUAGAAAAUACACUCAAAGAAAAGUUAAGAAACACACACAAAUUUUGUUUAAAUUAUUUAAGCCUUAAGGAAGACUAAUUAAUAAAUUAAUAAAACAAAAAAACAAGCAAUUUUUUUAUAAGAAAUUAUAAGUUAAUUUUUUAAUAAAAUAAAAAAAAAUCUAAGAAAAAAGUAAAAUAAAGUUAAUUUUUAAAAAAUCACCACACUAGACAUACAGACUCAAAUUUCACCACCUAAAGCAUUUAAUAAGGAAAGUAAAGUAAUAAAUAGAAAUCUAAAAAUUUUCAAAUUAAAACUUUUCACACAAAAAAAACUCAUUUAAUUUAAACAGUUUUUCAUAAACUAAUUACAAUUUAAUAACUAACUUAAACUUCAUUUUAUAAGUUUUCAAGCUGCAAAUCUAAACUAAAUUAAAACUUAAUUUAAAAGAAAAUCUUCUAUCUGCCAUUAAUCUAAUUUCAAGCCUCCCUAACUACUUUAAUUGUUUCUAAUUUAUUGUUAAAUAAAAUCUUCUUUUUUAAGUCUUCCGCUUGUUUGCAAUAAUUUACUAAAAUGCCAAAUUUUAUUUUUUUUAAAUUACAAAUUUUUUUUAUAUAUAUUUUUUUAUGAAAAAAUUAAAACUAAUAAAACAUUCCACAAGUUCAAAAUGAAAGCACAAUUAUAUUAACAAAAUUUGGGUGAUAAUAAACACAAUAAUAUAAAGAAAUAGUUGAAAAGAAAUACGCGCACAAAACAAAAUCCCCAAAAAAUCCAAGAAAAAGAAAUUUGAAAGAAAUAAUUGUUAAGAAUUUUACUUGUGAAUGAACAAAAAAAGAAAAAGAGAGAAAAUAAUUUUAUUUUAUAUAUAACAAAAUAAAAGUGAAUUGUUUAAAUUUAAAAUGAAUUAAACGGUUGGAAGGACCAUUUGCUUAAUAGAAAAGGAAAUGCUUAAAACAAGUUUAGUCUGAAGGUUUGAAGGACUAACGAAAUUUAUACUAAACCUUUUCAGUAUUAAGGUUCGUAGGACCAUUUCUUUAGGUAUAUUUAAACAGUUUUAGUUUAAAGGUUUGUAGAACUAUUUCUUUUUAUGACUAAAGAAAUAUAACGACAGAUUUUAAACAAAUUACUUAAAAACACUUUCAGUCUAAAGGUUUCAAGGAAAAUGGUCCUUCGAACCUUUAAACUUUAGAUUACCACGAAAAAUAGUUAAUAAAAAUUAUAUACAAAAUUGAAAAAAAAUAUAAAAAUCUUUGGAAAAAAGUAAAUUAUAGAAACUGCCUUUACGAAGGACCAUUAUUAACUCUUUCACGUAUAUAGGAAACCGGUGUUCCAAGUCAAAAUUAAAAUUUGUCUCGAUGUAAAGCGUAAUUUUGUAUUCACAGCUACAUUAAAUGGUUAUCUAGUGCUAAUGAAAUACAACGAAAGUUAUUUCUUCCAUAAUAAUGUUAAGGUUCGAAGGACCAUUUUUAAUCUCAAUUUAGAUACAGUUUAACUUUUGUGCUUGUUACUCUGCAUAUGUAACGUUAAAAAAGUAACAAAAAAAUAGUUUUUAAAUAAAUUAAAAUAAAAAGACAGACUCGAAGGACCAUUCUUAAGUAAGAAAUAUGGAUUUUCACUUAAAUAGUAAAUUACAGCCAAUAUUUUUAAAGAAUUUGUAAAAAAGUUUGAGGAACUUUUGAAAUAUUGUUUUAAACAAAGUUAAAAUAAAUAAACGAGCGCGAACUGAUUAAGAGAAAUUAAUUCAAAACAGUUUCAACUGCUAAAUCGAAGGACUACUAUUAGCUAAAGUUAACAUUGUUAAAAUAAUUAUAGAACUUUUUCAAAAUAACCCUAAUCAACGAAACCUAGUUACAGAACAAACAUACACUCUAUAAGCAAAAGAAAAUGGUCCUACGAGCCCAUAAAGUUAAACUAUUAAAACCUAACCUAAACAAACGCAUAACUUGAAAAACUUUAAUUCACAAAUUUUCGAUUUCUAAAGUUUAAAUUCACUUAAAUAUCUUUGUAAAUCAAGCACUUAUUAGUAAAAGUAUAAACAUUUUAACAAAUAGUUGGAAUGCUUUAAAAAUGGUCCUUCGAACUUGUAGAAAUUGUAAUCAUUUUGGUAUGAUUUACAAAUUUAUAUUUGAGACCUCAAAAAUCAAACAUAAAUCUUCUAAUUAAUAGAAUUCUAUAAAACCCUAUUUUUUUCAAAUUUCCUUUCAAAAUGGUCCUUCGAACUUAAGCCUAAUAUGAUAAAUUACACAAAUAACUUUAUAAAUCAAACAUUCAUUAGUAAAAGUAUAGAAUUUUUUCUAAAUAGU